ACAGCUUGUUGAUUUUUGCAGUUAACGCUUCUCAGGACUGAUAAUGUCCGAUUCAUCACUCAAACCGCCCGCCAGUAACCAACCGAUGAGGCCUCCGCAGCUAGUGGCUCCAGGAAGAUCCACCGGUGGCCUCCAGUUACCCGUCACUGCGCCCCAGAAGCUGAACGCCAGCUGCAAUGGAAGCGCAUCCUCCUCCGCUUCUGGCUCGGCCACCGGCAAUCCCCGGAACAAGUGUGCCCUGAAGCCGGGCUACUCCCUGAUGAGCUGGAUACGACUGUGCAAUUCCGGAGCCGAUCUAUCCGGAACCGGAGGACGUGUGGUGCCCGUUUCUAAGACUGAAUUGGCCCUUCAUAACAAAGUGGACGACGCCUGGAUGGCCAUUCGUGGUCGUGUCUUCAAUGUCACCCGCUACAUGGACUUUCAUCCGGGCGGAGUGGAUGAACUGAUGCGAGGAGUUGGUCGCGAUGCCACCAAAUUGUUCGAUGAGGUGCACGCCUGGGUCAACUAUCCGCAAUUGUUGGGCAAGUGCUAUGUGGGACCACUUAAGGAGAAUGAGACAAAGCCCUCCAAAGAUGCUCCUCAAAUUGCCAAUGCGGUUUUGAAGCCUCCGGAGAUUGUGCCCCGCUUCGAUUGGAUUCAGCAGAGGAGCGAACUAACCCUAAUCUUCUACACCCGCAGCUUGGCCAAUCCUGGCUUGCUAAUCCGGCGCAAGGACUCCCAGCAGCUGGCUGUUAGGGUUUUGGUCCAGCACAUCUGGCAUUCUUUCGACUUUCAGCUAACCGACCCGGUGGAAUGGCCUCCAAAGGUGGCGAAAAUCGGAACAGAGACGGGGAAAAUUGAGUUGGUGCUGGGCAAGAUGGAGCCAGCACCUUGGCCAAUUUAUGGCACACAUGUGUCCAGCAAAUUGGACUCCAUCAGCAUGCAAGAAGAAGCCUACGACUGUGAAGUAACUCACCGCAAGGAUUUCAAUCACGACUCCUUUGAGCUGAGCCUGCAGAGCGUUCAGCAUGAAGUGCUGAUGAUCCCGCCAGUGGGUUACCACGUGGACAUAGAAGUCCCACUGGCGGAUGGUGCGGCAAUGCAACGCAGCUACACACCUGUGGAUCAUUCCUAUCUCCAGUUGGAUAAGAUCGCGCCAUCGAAUUCCGAAUGCCUUAACUUUGUAAUCAAAAGAUAUGCGAAUGGACCCGUUUCCAGUCAUCUGCAUGCGCUACAAGUUGGAUCUCGCGUCCAGCUGAGUCCGCCACGUGGAACCUUCCAGCUCUCGGAGCUCACUGCACAUAGAAACAUUCUUCUCCUGGCCGCAGGAAGCGGCCUAACGCCUAUUUUAAGUUUAAUUCAGCCCAUGCUGAAGAGGAGUACAAAUCGAAUUGAAAGCCUGCAGCUUUUUUACUUUAACAAAACUGCAGAGGACAUCUGGUUGAAGGAGAAACUAGAGGAAAUUCACACGCAGGACGAGAGAUUCAGCUGCACAAAUGUGCUUUCCCAAGCGGAGGAUAAUCCGCAGAGGAUUUCUUUGGAGCUACUGACUCCUUUGUUCCAGAAAAAACAACCGGAGAGAUGUACUUAUGUGGCCAUAUGUGGACCAAGUGGCUUCAACGCCGCUGCCGUCGAUAUCUUGACCCAGCUGGACAUUAAGUUCAAUCAAAUACACGUUUUCCGUGGCUAAAUGGAGAAAUGAAUGGCUUUGCCUUCGUAAUCUUCAUCACUUUUAUUAACUGUAUCGCAAAUGUUUUCGACUUUUGUUGUUUUUUUUAUUGU